AUGGCGAAGGCGUGGGAGCCGUCUAAAAAGAUUCGCCCAGAUACGGCUGAGGAUGUCAUUGAUGUCCUUCUUCACCCGAAGGAACAGGUUCAAUUUCAAGAGCUUGGCAAGCUUGGAGCGUCCCUAAAAGAGGGUAGAGACAUGUGGAUCAUCGGCAGCAUUCCAGAGCUGCAACAGGCUGCCAAAGACAUCGCUGAAGCUUUGAACGUCCCAGUUUUGGCCGCAGCUGCGGAUGCCUUGGCCAAAAAAGUUGAAAACAGUGGCUCGACAAAGGUUGCCUCUUUCUUGAUCGGUGAAGAGUUUCGCACAGUGACCUUGCUUGCGGUUCCGCAAGCACAAAGCCGCGUGGUGUGCAAAGCCCGCCCUGACGUCAUUGCGAAGCACAUGCAAGGCAAAAUACGUGGCAAGGACAUCGUCAUAGCCGUGGCAGAGGACAAUCGCUUAGCGACAGGUCUUGCAGUAGCCCGUUGCUUGCCGCCAUUCGCAAGCAAAGCUGAAACCCCGAACCCUGCCGAUGCGACUGUACGCUUUCAUGGUGCUCCGCCCGGACCACUGUUGGUGAAAUUAAAUCACAUGGCUACAUCGAUUCGUGUUGCGCAAGGUCUGGUGGACAUGCCCCCCAAUUUCAUUCAGCCAGUAACCUUCAAGGAGUUCGUGUUGGCCGCCGCAAAGACUUUGGAGAAGGUGACAGCGAACGUCAUCGAGGGGACAGAGCUUCGGGACAAAGGAUACGGAGGCCUCUGGAACGUGGGGAAAAGCGCGGAUCAGAGACCUCCUUGCCUAAUCGUGCUCACACACAAUCCUACCGGCUCUGAGUCGGAGAGGGAGAGUGGUCCUCCCGUUGGUGUGGCACUUGUUGGGAAGGGUAUCACCUACGACACAGGAGGUGCGGCUUUGAAACCCCGUGAAGGGAUGUGCGGCAUGAAGCGUGACAUGGGAGGCGCUGCGGGCGUCUUCGGCGCCUGGUUGGCAGCAGUGAAGUGUGGUGGACUGCCUACCAGAGCCCCGCUGCAUUGCGUGCUAUGCGUCGCAGAGAACGGCAUCGGUCCAGGCAUGUUCCUAAAUGAUGACAUCAUCUUGCACUACUCCGGCCUCACUUCUGAAAUCAACAAUACGGAUGCUGAGGGUCGAUUGGUCUUAGCGGAUGGUGUGGCGCAUGCUGCGAAGGAUCUCCGUGCAGAGCUCAUUGUUGACAUGGCCACGUUGACAGGCGCACAGGCCAUCAGCACUGGUAAACACUUCUCCACAAUCCUUGCAACAGACCAAGGCUUGGAGAACGAGGUUGUUGAUGCGGGUCGCAAGUCUGGUGAGGGUGCACACCCGGGUCUCUUUGCUCCGGAGCUACUCUUGUCGGAGUUCGACUCAGAGUUUGCCGACAUGAAAAACUCAGUGAAGGAUCGGGGCAACGCUCAGUCAUCCUGCGCAGGACUCUUCAUCUACAAGCAUUUGAAGCAUGCAGGCCAUCAAGGAAGAUGGCUACACGUAGAUAUGUACUAUCCUUCUUUUCUCGGCGAAUACGCAACAGGCUAUGGCGUUGGCCUUCUUUGCGCGCACAUGGGCGUGGUUUGA